AUUAAUCUUUCAUUAGAAAAAAAAGUAAUUAUGCUUUAGCUACCUAAUUGUAAUAAAUAAUAAUCUCCACACAAACUAAUUUGGACAGUAUGAUAAUUAAUAAAUUAAAUCACAUUUUUUUUUAUAAAUUAUAUGUAAUAUGUAAUCUCCAAAACCUCUAUAAAAUAAGAAGUUUAUUUGGAAAACAAGUACACAACUCUAAUUUAUAUUAUUUUUCUUAAUUAAUUUCACCAUGGCUGGCACCUUAAGCCAGUUCAGUUCUUCAAUUGCUAUUCUGGCUUUGCUCUUAAUUGCCACCCUGGAUUUCACAGCUGCUCAAACUGGAGUUUGCUACGGAAGGCUGGGAAACGACCUACCGCCAGAAUCCGACGUGGUCGGUCUAUUCAAACAGAACAACAUCCAACGGAUGAGAAUCUACAACCCUGAUCCAGCGGCUCUCCAAGCCCUAGGCGGAUCCAACAUCGAGCUCACCGUCGGCGUCGCAAACGAGGAUCUCCCGAGCAUCGCCGCCAGCCAAUCGAACGCCGACACGUGGGUCCAAACCAACAUCAAAAGCUACCCGGGCGUCAAAUUCAAGUACAUUGCCGUCGGAAACGAAAUCAGCCCGCUGAGAGGCGAGUCGUCCCAGUACGUGCAGUACGUACUCCCCGCCAUGCAGAACAUACACAACUCGAUUUCCUCGGCCGGGCUCGGAAUUAGGGUUUCCACCGCCGUCGACAUGGGGCUGCUCGGGACCUCGUACCCGCCCGACGCGGGCGCCUUCCGAUCCGACGUGGCGUCCUACAUAAACCCCGUCGUCGGGUUCCUGGCCAAGACGGGCGCCCCGCUGCUCGCCAACGUGUACCCUUACUUCGCCUACGUCGGGAACAAGGCGCAGAUCGACAUAAGCUACGCGCUCUUCACGUCGUCGAGCGGCGUGCCAAUGCCCGGUGGCGUGACGUAUCAGAAUCUCUUCUACGCUAUGGUGGACGCGAUGUACGCCGCACUGGAGAAGAGCGGUGGCUCGUCCGUGGAGGUGGUGGUUUCCGAGACCGGCUGGCCCUCAGCGGGCGGCGACUCGACGAGCGUUGAUAAUGCUAGGGUUUACAAUACGAAUUUGCUGCAGCGCGUGCAGAGCGGGACGCCGAAAAGGCCCGGGAAGGCGAUCGAGACGUAUAUUUUCGCGAUGUUCGAUGAGAAUCAGAAGAGCCCCGAGUAUGAGAAGAAUUGGGGGAUUUUUCACCCGAACAAAGAGCUUAAGUACCCGAUUAAAUUUUAAUUGGUUUUAUUACAAUAUAGUAACGGUUGUAUGUAUAUCUAUCUCCAUUGAAAUAAGGACAUGAAUAAUAAAUAUGGCUGUUAUAU